AACUUAUACCGCGCGGGCUGAGAAACUUCAAUUUUGUUCACAUGGCGACUCAAAGCAUUGCCCAUAACUCUAUAAAUAAGGAGAACUCUUGAUGAACUCUUCACAAAAUCAUCAGGUUCAAAAUCAGUUUCAAAAUGAAGUCUCUUCACUACUCAAUAUUGCCAGUUCUUUUUAUUGUUCUCUUCUCGUUGUCAUGGGCAACUUCAGCUGAUACCCACGAAGAUUUUCUUCAUUGCCUUUCUUCAUUUCAUCCUGAGGAUUCAUCUUCCAUUUCUCAAGUUAUUUACACAGAAAGAAAUUCAUCAUAUUCAUCUAUUUUGGAGUCUUCGAUUCAUAAUCUUAGAUUCUCUACGCCAACUACCCCCAGACCUUUGGUUAUCGUAACACCAUUGAAUGUUUCCCAUGUUCAAGCAACAAUUCAUUGUUCAAGAAAACAUGGGCUUCAAAUUAGAACUCGAAGUGGUGGUCAUGAUUUUGAAGGUCUUUCCUAUGUCUCUGAAGUUCCAUUUGUCAUCGUUGAUUUGGUUAAUUUUCGAUCAGUCGAUGUUGAUGUAGAAAACCAAGUUGCAUGGGUUCAAUCAGGUGCUAUUACCGGAGAAUUAUACUACAGAAUUGCUGAAAAGAGCAGAACUCUUGCCUUUCCAGGUGCUCUUUGCCACACUGUGGGAAUUGGGGGAUACAUUAGCGGAGGAGGUUACGGCUUAUUGUUUCGAAAAUACGGUCUUGCAGCAGAUAAUGUAAUUGAUGCACAAUUUGUUGACGCUAAAGGGCGAGUUCUCAACAGAAAAUCAAUGGGGGAAGAUCUGUUUUGGGCCAUUCGAGGAGGUGGAGGUGGAAGCUUCGGAAUUGUUCUUUCAUGGAAACUAAAGUUGGUUCCUGUCCCAGCAACUGUGACUGUAUUCUCAGUAAGCAGGACCUUGGAACAAAAUGCAACCCAACUUUUUCAUCGUUGGCAAUACGUUGCACACAAUCUUCCAGACGAUAUAUACUCCGCCGUUUUGAUUUCAACGAUCAAUUCUACUCAAGAUGGGAAUAGGACAGUUGUAGCUACCUUUAUUUCCUUGUUUCUUGGUCGUACAAAUGAGCUUAUUCCAUUGAUGCAAAAGAGAUUCCCUGAACUCGGACUAGUUGAAGAAGAUUGCAUUGAAAUGAGUUGGAUUGAAUCCAUUGUCUUCUUGGGCCAACUUCCAAAUCAAACCUUGGAUAUUUUACUUGACAGGAGUUACCGAAGUCCGCUUCUUAGCCCUUCCUUCAAAGCAAAAUCUGAUUACGUGAAGAAACCAAUUCCUGAAAUUGCAUUGCAGGGGAUAUGGUCCCAACUUUUGGAGGAAGAAGCAACAUCCGCUACUUUAAACAUUAUUUCUUAUGGGGGAAAAAUGGAUCGAAUCUCAGAGACUGCAACUCCUUUCCCGCAUAGAAUCGGCAACUUGUACAAACUAAAUUACAACAUAGGGUGGCAAGAAGAGGAGAACAUGAAUUCUCAAAGGUAUAUAAGCUGGAUUCGGAAACUUUACAGUUACAUGAGCUCUUUUGUGUCGAAAUCUCCUCGAGAGGCGUAUGUUAAUUACAGAGAUCUUGACAUCGGAAUGAAUAACGAAGGCAGAACAAGUUAUGUGCAAGCAAGUGUUUGGGGUCGUAAAUAUUUCAAGAAGAACUUUGACAGGUUGGUACAUGUGAAGACGAAGAUUGAUCCUGAGAAUUUCUUCAGGCAUGAACAAAGUAUUCCUCCUCGAUUUUCUUAACUAAAUAAGAGAGAUAAUAGUAUGAGUUGAAUGUGCAACCUAAUAAAUUUGAUGUGUAGCCGGCUUUGCUUUAUGUUAUUAAUUAGCAGCUAUUGUGUAGCGUAUACUUUCAGCAUUUGACUCCAUAUGUCAUUCAAUAUUAUGAUGAUUGAUGAGCAAUAAAGACUAUUUACUAUUUUCUUUUUAUAUUUAAGGAGAUUAUACAAUGACUCCAUAUGUUAUAUUUUCUUUUUAAUUUGAAUUGAUAAAUAAUCAAUU